UUUCGGGAGGGAGGGCAGCGCAGCGUGUGGCGCGGGAGAGUGGGGGGCUAGAGCGAGGCUGUGUCUUUCCGGGUGGAUGGCAGGCAGCCGCGUGCGGGCGCUGCAGGUCGUGGACACCGAAUUCACUGCGGACACCGUGGAGUGGUGCCCUUUGGAUGGCUGCCAGCGCCUGCUGGCCUGCGGCACCUACCAGCUAUGCAGGCCGGAGGACUUGCCUGCGGGUCCUGAGAGCCAGGGUGGACUGGACCUUGACCAACCUCAAGUUCGUUUAGGUUGUCUCUACCUGUUUAGUUUUAAUGAGGACAGCUCUGGGACGCCCCUGGUUGAGGUCCAAAGAAGAGAGACUUCUGCAAUCCUGGACAUGAAAUGGUGCCACAUCCGGGUGAGUGGCCAUCCUCUUCUAGGAGUGGCAAAUGCCAAUGGAUCUAUAGAGUUGCUCCGCCUGGUAGGAUCUGAGCAGAAGAGCAGUUAUAUCCUACAGCCAAUAUCCAGCCUUGCCUUGGGGGAGCAGUGUUUGGCCUUGUCCCUGGAUUGGUCCACUGGGAAAUCUGGAAGGGUCAGUGACCAGCCCUUGAAAAUCAUCAGCAGUGACUCCAAGGGGCAGCUGCACCUCCUGACGGUGAAUGAAGCAGGAUCUGAACUACACCGAGUAGCCUCAUGGCAAGCCCAUCACUUUGAGGCCUGGGUUGCUGCUUUCAAUUAUUGGCAAACGGAAAUUGUAUAUUCAGGGGGGGAUGAUGGUCUUCUCAAAGUCUGGGACACCAGGACUUCUGGCACAUCUGUCUUUACCAGCAAGAGACACUCCAUGGGUGUAUGUAGCAUCCAGAGCAACCCCCAUAAGGAGCAUAUUCUGGCUACAGGAAGCUAUGAUGAGCACAUUCUACUGUGGGACACUCGGAACAUGACUCAGCCGUUUGCUGACAGGCCUGUGCAGGGCGGGGUGUGGAGGCUCAAGUGGCACCCAGUGCACCACUACCUUCUUCUGGCAGCCUGCAUGCACAGUGGCUUCAAGAUCCUCAACUGCCAGAGGGCCGUAGAGGAGAAGCAGGAAGUGACAGUGUUGGUGUCUCACACGUUGCCCAAUUCACUGGUGUAUGGGGCUGACUGGUCCUCGCUCCUCCAACCCACGCAGCCCAAACUCUGCACCUUUCCACCAUGCGACAUGGGCACCAGAAUGGCAGACCAGGCCUACAGCCGGGUUGCAAGUGGACUACUAACACCCUCCUUUGAACGAAGAGUGGACACAGUAGACCAAAGUGGCAGUGGCUGCCAGCAGCACACUGCUUCCAGGAUUUUUGACUUGGACCUCUACCCCGAAGGGGAAAAUUUUGACAUCCACCUCCUGGCCACUUGCUCCUUUUAUGAUCAUGUUCUCCACCUCUGGAAGUGGGAGGUGAGCUGAGUCUGAGGUACAAAGACUCUUCCCAGCUAUACUGCCUGGCUUGGUGCCAGCCCUUCCUGCUGGGCCUUUGGGAAUGGACUUUAAUUGUACCUGGCAGUGGAAUGGUAUUUCCCAACCAUGUAACUGUCAUAUUUGUAAGGUAUAUUUUGACUUUCAGCCCCUCAUGUGUUUAAGCAACUGUUUGUAUUAAAUUCUUUUUAUUUGUAACAUGAAAAAUAAUUGUUGUAGUUUGGGGGGGGGGUGCUGGAGUUUCUUUGGUAUUGGGAAUGGAGUCUAGGGCUUCAAGCAUGAUAGGUAAAAAUGCUCUGCCACUGAGCUACACUCCUAUCCCUAAAGUAAUUUAAAAAAGGACAAGAUCCUUCAUGUGUAGAAUAAAAGGAGGUGCAU